AUGUCCACCAGCACCCCCAAACCCAGCACAGGCUCAGGCUGGACAGACCGUGAGCGCCUCGCCUACCUCCUCAGCCUCCUGGAGCACUCUGGCGCAAAACCGAACAUCAAAACCGCCCCGCUGCCAUCAGGCCGCUCAGUGAUAGCCUGCGAGCGCAUGCUGAGCCGACUCAAAGCCGCGUUGAAGGGGGAACUAGACGCGUUGAGGGACGGGGCAGCCAUGCGCGGCUGCACCAACGGCGAUGCGACCAACGCCACGACAGCCAGAGAUAGCGAAGGUAGCGGAUCGCAGGCGUCAAAAGCGACGAGGGGCGCUGCGGCGCGCAAGAGGAAGGGUGGCGAUGGUGCUGCAGCUGCAGCUUAUGCCGAUGCUGAUGCUGAUGCCGAUGCCGACGUGGAAGUGGACGGCGGAGUGAAGAAGAGGUCCAGGAACGCCAAGGCCGGAGCCAAAGCCAGAGCCAGAGCCAAGGACAGCACCAUCGAGGGCAGGGGAGAAGUGGAGUGGGAGGGUGGGGUGAAGAAGGAGGAGGAUGAGGCUGAGGCUGAGGAGGUCGAUACCAAGGAAGAAGAGGUUUGA